CCGACUCGCGAUAAUGUCUGCACUUCCUCUGCGCCGGAGUACCCGUCUGGCCUCUGCAGCUCGGGUCCUAACAGCUGGAAAGGCUGCUCGCAAUUCCGUAAAACACACUGAGGACACAGAAGCAGCGGCGAUAGAUAGCCCCAGACCAGCCAAACGUGCUCGAAAGGCAAAGACGCGAACACAAGUCAAAGUAGCAUCGGAGGACUCAGGAAAAAAGCUGGUCGACGAUGUUGAGGAUGAGGUACCGAAACCGAAGCGGGUCCGUCCGAAAGCUGUGCUUGUUGAGCCCGUUCCUACGGAUUUCGCUCCGAGAGCUGUAAACGCGUGGAAGAUCGGCCCACAUGUCUCGGGUGCAGGAGGAGUUGAGAAUACCAUCGUAAAUGCCGCGGCAGUUGGUGCGAAUGCGUUUGCAGUGUUCGUCAAGUCGCAGCGGAAAUGGGUUUCAUCGCCCCUUACCAGCGAGUCUAUCGCCUCGUUCAAGUCACGGAUGAAGGCGUUUGGAUAUAGCCCAUCUCAUAUAUUACCACAUGGAAGCUAUCUCAUAAAUCUUGGCAACCCCGACGAAGAGAAACGAGAGAAGUCGUACCAGUGUUUCCUGGAUGACCUGAAGAGAUGUGAAGAGCUUGGUCUGCAUCUGUACAACUUUCACCCGGGCUCCUCGGUCGGCCGAGCGACAACAGAAGAGUCUCUCUCCUUCAUUGCCGAGUGUAUCAACAGAGCCCAUGAGGAGACUAAGGCGGUGGUGAUCAUUCUGGAGAACAUGGCCGGUGCAGGCAGCGUAGUUGGCUCGCACUUCUCAGAGCUGGGAGAGAUUAUCAAGCAGGUAGAGAACAAGAGCAGAGUCGGAGUCUGCCUGGAUACAUGUCAUACGUUUGCUGCGGGCUACGACAUCAGAACGAAAGAUGGAUGGAACGACACGAUGACCGAGUUUGAGCGCGAAAUCGGCCCACAGUACCUCCGCGGCAUGCACAUCAACGACUCGAAGGCUGCUCUGGGAAGCAAAAAGGACCGGCACCAAAACAUCGGGCUCGGUGAGCUCGGCCUCACUACCUUCGCCCACAUCCUCUCGGACCCGCGUACCAAGGACAUUCCGCUCAUCCUCGAGACGCCCGCGUUCGACACCACCACCACUCCGGGCGGCGACGUGUGGAGAAAGGAAAUCGAAGUCCUCAACCGUUUCUCAACCCUUGCGAAAGAGAAGGACGCGGACCUGGAGGGGUGGACGGCGGAGAUCGCGGCGGUGGUCAAGAAGGCGAGCGUGGCAACGGAUGCAAAGGGGCGGAAGGUGAGCACCGGGAAGAGGAAGACGCGGAAGCGGAAUGCGAAGAAGUUGGAGGAGGGGGAGGAGGAGGAAGACAGCGAGGAUGAAGAGUCGGUGUGAGAGCUCCGGCGGACGUGGGCAUGGCUGAUUGUGAGCACAUGUACUGUUAUAUAUCGUACCUCAAAUUGCGUUUGCGGAAAGGAUCUGUUGUAUUGUAGACUGUGAAUGUUAUUUUUCGUUAAUCACGUC